GUGGGCGAAGAGGGCGUGGUCGCGGCGGCGUGGGCCGGCGGCGGCACCUUGCAGCCUGUGGGCAUGAGAGGCUGCGCGGCCUCGGGCCUGGGCCCGCAUGGAACCCCUGGCGCUGGGCCGGUGGCGACGGCGGAGGCCAGAGGAGCUGCAGGUUCCGGGGGACGCGAAACGGGCAUGCAGGAGAUUAGAAGCAGCGGCGCAGGAGUGGGGCUGCCCCCAGGUGAAGGUGCGCGUGCCCACAUCCUGGGGCAGCAAGGAGCCCGAGUCACCAGAUGCCCAGCCCAGAGGCCACCUCCCUGCACCGAGGCCAGACGGUGGCCAGGGGCGACCAAGCGUGGGGGUUCCUCAGGACGGUGGAAAGAGCUGGGCCCAGCCUUGCCCAAGAUGCAUUGCGGGGGAGUCUGUUGUAUUGCGUUUUGUGGUGUAAUCCUGAACAAUGGUGAAAUCAAAGAUCCAGCAACUUGAACUUACUGUAUUUCGGUUGAUUCACUGUAACUGCCAAACAUGCCCUGGAUUUCGAGUAAACAGUGCGACCCCAUUAUGGGUAGAUUGCAUUGAUGCUGGUGACCAACCAGGACCUUCCUUAUUCUUAUCCCAUUUCCAUGGAAUGUAUCUUUCAAAUCCCCCAUCUGCUGGGCAAACAGUUGGAACGUAAUGUGGGUUCUUCAUGCUCUGAGAGGUCGUCUUCUGGCACGUAGGGCUUAAAGAAAAAAAAAUUUGGCCCAAGCAGCUGAUUGGAUCAUUUAAGCUAAUGUUCUGUUUGAACAACAGUACCUAUUUGAUUAGGGUUUUCCUUCCUUUGUAAUUCCCCAAGCUUGCCUCUGUAUGUUUCCUAGGAGAUGAAUCUGCGCACAGAAAACCUAUAUUGAUAUGUAAAUAUAUCAUUUUUUUGUUAAUGCUCGAUAUUCUUUUCAUCUAAAUUUCAGAAAGUGACUUUAAAAAAUCAGUUUCCCUUUAUUUGUAGUUAUUCUCAAUAAAAUUUCACCCAAGCUUGGGUGAUUUAAUAUUUACACCCACUACUUCUAAAAGUCUUAUGUAAAUAAAGAUUGAAAUGUGAAUUUGAAAAGGCACACCUCUUGAUAUUUGAACAGACUAUAGCUGCAUAUAUCUUCUUUUUCUAAUAAUAUGGCUAGUUUCUCUCUUAAGCUUUUAAAAUAAUAAGACACUGUUUUUGUAUUCUAGAACAUCAAAAGGCUCAGUGUUAAAUAAAAAGCAAAUAGUAUUUUUAGAAGUGCAAGACCCCAGGGGGAAGUGCUUAACGGUAAAGCACUGAUGGGCAGCGAUUCCAAAUUUCAGAAGACUUUAUUAAACACACGGCUCCAUUCACAAGUGUGCCCCCACUUCACACACAAGCCCGCCCUGUCCUGGCCCACAGUUCCCACAGCUGACCCGGGAUGGCGACCUUGGCUCAAAGAGAAGCAGAGGUUACGUUGGGGAGUUUGUGUGGGAUCCCUGGCGGAAAACGUAGACCUGUGUUUCUCAGCUUGUUUGCUGCUUAUCCCUGAAAACCUCCUUUGCAUCCCAGUUCUCUGGGUAUUUCUGACCUCAGCAGGGUAUCAGCUGAUCGAUGGCUUCUGCUCUGAAUUCUCACGUGGCUGUCUAAGCCCGCUGCCUGAGUUCCUGUUGUCUUUCUCCCGCGAAGCUUUUCCUUGUUGUUACCAUGAGUCGUUGCUCACUAUGCAAGGACUUUUUCUGUAGACCUUCUCAAACUCAUUUUCCAGGCGGGCACACGAGUCUCCUGUUUGGUCUGUUCCAGCUCACUGUAGCGGGGAUGACUGUUUCAGUCGUUGCUGACAGUUUCUUAGGGUGAUCACUGUUCAGGUUCAACUCCUAGUACAAGUUAUUAUUUAGAAACAACUCCUCUUCACCCUGAGUCACCCUGCUCAUGUUACGGACAACUGGGGUGAAGCCAUCCCCAAUUGUGGUGGUGGGACAUAGUGUUAUGUCACUUGGGGUGUCCACCCCCGACCCCGGGGCAGGCUGCCCUCACUGCUGUGCACCGUCCAGGCUGCAAGGCCAGGAGCAGGGUGAUGGUCGCCGUCUCUAGCAGGCUCCUUUCCUUCCACGAGUGGUCCCAAGGCCGGGCUGCGCCUUGCAGCCAGCUUCCUUCCUCGGUCAGCUCAGCCCGCCUGGCACAGGGGUCCAUGGCAGCCAGGUGUGCCAUGGAAAUCACGCUCUUCUUGGAGAUUCUGCCCAUUAAAUGAAACCUAGUGAGGCUGCGAGAGGUCUCCAUGAUAAUGAAAGGAAGAUGCGUGAAAGCGGUGGGCAUUAUCAUGCAGGAAACUACAGGAAGAACAGAGUUAAGAUGUUCGCUGGGGGGACAGCACUCCGUUUUCUGAAUGGUACCUGGCCACUGAUGCUCUACAGCUCCUCAGGGAAGGGGCCACCUUCAGACUUUAUUGGGUCCGCGUGACGGUCACUUGUCUGUUUUCUCUCAGCUCCGUUCACCACGCUCGUCUCCCCUGCAUCUCCCAGGGCAUGGCUCCCUCCCCCUACCCCGCCCAAGGCAGCCUCUCAGCCCCUCCCUCCGGUCCCAGCUCCUGGCCAGCUCUGGGGCUCUGCAGUCACACCAUCUCCUCCCUUUGUCCUCCCAGCCUGCAGGAGGGCGGGGCUUCUACUGGGGGAAUAUUUGCCUCCCUUCCCCUGUGUGGCUUCUCUUCUCCUCCAUCACUUGUGAAGUUGAAUCCCUGUGUAUGAAAUACCUAGAUUGAUUUCCCUUUUCUGACUGGACCCCACCUGGGCUAAUCAUCUAAGGAGUGGACAAAUCCUCCUGAAAACAAAAGCCUUGCAGUUUUAAGUGUAGGCCUGUGGGUCUUGGUUGCCCAGCAGGCUCAGCAUUUAGGAGUGCCCACAGAGUGGAGAACCUGGGCGUUAAGUUGAAAAAGGUAGGCCUUAUGUAUUGCACAUCACUGGUAUUCCUUUGCUUCAAUUUAUCUCAGGUUAUUGGGUUUUUAACCCAAGCUGGUAGUGAAUUGCCACAUAAAAGCCAACAUGCAAAACAUGAUGUUUUGGGUAUUGUGGACCACCCCCCACCCCCAAUCCCCGACAGACUGAUUUUGGAUAACAGACUGUUUGUUAGUGUUGAGGGCAAAUACUAAGGGAGCAGCCUUAAUAAGCUUCGAUGUUACUCACUUUUUGACGUGGAAAUCCUUUGCCGGACAGUGGUGUUGGGGGAGGGGAAGAAGAGAGGCGGGACGUGAGAGUAGACAUUGGCGGGGGGGGGCGGGCGGCACGUCCCAGCUGUUGUCUGGGCUCCGUUUUCCCUGUAGGGACGGCAGGAGGAGCCCAGGGAUGAUGAUUCUGAUUCUGAAUGGAUACAUUUUUUUCCUUGUACUACUUCUUAUCUCCAAAUGGGUGACCUUUAAAAUAUUUGCCUUAUUUUAUUUACCUAUCUGUCUUAUUAGCCACUGCUUCCUACAUCGGUAGCAUCUGUAAAUACUGCACUGAAACGGAAUGGACCCGGAAGCUGGUGUAAACAGGAUUCUCUCUCUCUCCUGGGCCCGGGGGUCAGGCAGGAGCAAGGGCCGAGGAUGAGAAGGUAACACUGUGCUGUAGGUGAAGACAGAUCUGUGUGCAGUGGGCUGGUCUUCGUGUCCCGUUUCAGCAACAGUUACUCCUCGUGAGUCCUUUACUCUUACGUCCUGAGAGAAGGAAACACAGUCAUAGAGGGAUCAACGGGAAUUUCAUUGCUCAUUCUGUAGGAAUCAAAUUUGCGCUCUGUGCAUUUUCUCUGAGGUCUGUCAGGGACCCCAGAGGUCACCGGUCUAACCCUGUCACCUUACAGAUAAGGAAAAUGAGGUCCACAGGGGUUAAGUGACUGGCCCACUGUGCACCAUGGCUGAUAGGGAGGUGGCGGCCCCAGGACCGACACCGCAGCCCUCUCCUCUUCCCGCUCUCCUGGCUGAUCCUGUGCUCAUAGCCCGUGUGGCAGCAGCACUCCCGGACAGUGCACAGUGACGACCUGCUCCAACCCCUCUGAGGAGCACAGUGUGAGGUGGUGGGUCUUUGUGGAUGUUGUUCCCAGACACAGUGAGAGCUUCCUGGCUGAGACGUAGGGCUGAAUUAUUCAAACGGUGGAAAAACAAGCUGGCCAAGAGAGGAGUUUGGCUGUGUCAGCGUAGCCAGACGUGAAUCCCAAAAUGGACGACUUUGAAUAGACCUGCUGCCAGACUCUUUGGAUAUAACUUCUGAUGGUAAAUGCUUUCUCUGAAUAUGGAUGCCAGAAAAAGAGUUUAAAAAUUUUUAACUGUGUCGUUGAGAUCAUUUCCAGGCUCUGAAGGAACAGAUAGCCUUCAGGUGACUAGAAGAACAAAACUAAACCUUUCUCUAGGAAUAAAAUGUUAUACUAUGAGGAGACGGUGAAAUGGAUUUUUACAGAAAAGAUAGUGUUUUAAGAAAAAUGCAAUUUAGAUUUCCUAUAAGCACGUUAGACUAAGCUAAUGCAAAUGUAUCCCUUCCUGCUGCAGAUAAAAACAUUAGAUACAUAGUUAAUGAUAUAAUAAGUGAAGAGAGAAGCAGAGCAGUGGAUACAAACAUAUUCCUUUGUGGCUGUUGUUAGGUCUUGGCCUUUGUUGGGUUUGGUACUAGAAUGGGCCCAGGGCAUGGGGGCUAGAAUGCUGAUGUCCAGAGAUAGAUGAGACUUUGGCCAGUGGAGAUGUGGGAGCUAGAAUUUGGACCCUUCCCUAAAGUUCUCUGCCUUGAAGAUCUGCCUAUACCAUAAAAGAGGAUUAGAAGUUAAAGUACCGGUCGUACAUGGGUGUGGGCUCCAAGUUUAUUCUGUCUCAGUGCUACAAAAAUCAAAAGUUAAAGCAUGAACAUAAAAAUAGACAUGGACUAUUAAAGUCCUUAAAGCCUCAGUUAGUGGCAGAGUCAGAAUCCGCCUGGAGGGAUGCUUCCACCAUCCAGAGCGUACAGGAUUCAGAGGUGAAACAGCUGGCACUGUGCGUAAGGUCACAAUAGAGUGAUAUAAGCUAUGUAAACAAAUCUACCGUGGUGGGGCUGGGGGGUGGAGUAGGGGAGUGGCAUCAGGAACUCUUAACAAACAGGAGAAUACAAACCUGUAAGAAUCUGAAUUAAUAGAAGAACCUGAAGUUCACUAUAAAGGUAAAUAUUUUCAGAAUUUUUAAAAUGACUUAAAAAGAAAUAGAGCCAUGAUGCAGAAAAGGAUGGUAUGAAAAAGGAAUUGGGAGGUUAAAAAAAAAAAGAAACAACUUCUAAAAAUGAAUGAUACAGUCGUUGAAGUGAAAAAAAAUUCUCAGGUUAGACACAGUUGAAGACAGAAUUAGUGAACUAGGAAAUUUAUCUGGGGAAAUCAUCCAAAAUACAGCAAGAGAGAUAAAGAGAUAAAAAGUGUGAUUAGCAGUCAGAGGAAAGAAUGAGAAGGUUCAUUAGGGAAUCUAGAAGGAAGGAAUUUAGAAUAUGGGAGAGAAAAAGAUAAUGAAAAGAUCUGAUUUGAAAAGAGUAAUGGCUGAGAAUUUCCCAAAAUUGAAGAAAGGCAUUUGUAGCCAAGUAGUUUUGAAGAAGAACAAGGUGAGGGAGAUCACCAAUCAGAUGUCAAGAUAUAUUACAAAGCUGUAGUAAUUAAGACAGUGUUAUUGGCCUAGGGGUAGACAGAUAGACAAGUGAAUAAAACUGAGAGCUUCAGUUAACCAAACAAUGUAGCUCCAGUGCAUAUAUGGCAGCUGGAUAUAUUACAGACAAUGUGUUACAAGUCAGCUGGGAAUGACCAGUUACUCUAUAAAUUGUGCUAGGACAAUUGGCUAUCCACAUGUGAGGAAAAAUAAAAUUAGAUCUCUACCCUACACAAAAAUCAAUUCUGGGAAGUGGGGGAAAGGUAAAGAACCUAAAUGUGGGGAAAAAAAACCCCAAAACAAAGAAACCUUUAAAACCUUCAGUAGAAAAUAUAGGAGAAUAUAUUUAUGACGUUGGGAAGAUUUAUAAAAACUAAUAAACCCAAAGGGAAAGGACUAACAUAUUU